GCAGAGCACAGUAAUGUUUUCGAAGAUGGCGCUCCGUGGCGUUAUCGCCUUGAUCUUUUAUCUUGCUAUUGCGAGCGCAGAGGAGUCCACAAUGCAGUAUGACACCAUAGUGAUAGGGUUGGGGUCUGCUGGAGUGACGGCAGCGUCAACUCUCGCUAGAGCAGGGAGGAAAGUUCUGGGCUUGGAGGCUCAGGAUCGUAUCGGCGGUCGUGUCAAAACGGUGCCUUUCGGUGAUGGUGUUGUCGAGCUCGGUGCGGAAUGGAUCCACGGUCAGUACCCCAGCAGGGUGUACGACACCGCAAUCCAGAACAACAUCACCGUGCUCUCUCAGAACCUAGCCGUGGACGUGUAUCAGUCUGACGGGACCAGAGACAAUCACGAGCUGCUGAACGGACUGAUAAUGUAUUGCUUGUCUUUGGUAGACGACACCAACGCUAAAGAGGAUUCUUUAGGCGCUUAUAUCACUCGGAAAUUAAAAGACCAUUUAAAAGAGACCCAUCCGGAGCUCCUCGAAGACAAAGAUUUCCUCGAGGAGUUUUUGUCCCUCAUGGACCUUGUCGUAGACAACUACGUGGGUUCAAGCAACUGGAAUGACGUCAGCACAGCAACAAAAUACAAGGAGCUAGAAGGUGACCAACAUUUGAGUUGGCACCGAUACGGAUACAAAACCUUCUUCGAACUGCUGCUGAACACAUAUAAAGGCGGACCUGGCUUAGCGAAUCUAGACAUUAAGCUUAACACAGAAGUGACUAAAAUCGUCUGGCCACAGCAACCCUCUACACCAGUGGAAGUGACCUGCAAGGAUGGUAAAGUGUAUAAAGCUAACAACGUGAUUGUCACCGUAUCUGUUGGAGUCUUGAAGGAAAGACACAUGACCCUGUUCACCCCACCACUGCCACGUGAUAAAGUAAACGCCAUCAUCGGCGUGACAAUGGGUGUAAUGGAUAAAAUAAUUUUCUCAUUCGACAAGCCUUGGUGGCCGGUUUCACACACCUUUUUGGUGUUCAUGUGGAAGGGGGAAGACAAGAGGAAAGUGGCCAAAGAAGAUUUCUGGACUACUAAGAUAUUCUCCGCUAGCACUCCCAUGGGGUCCAGUAACACGCUCACCUUGUGGACUAGUGGGGAGACGGGCAAAUGGGUAGAAACUAUACCAGAGGAAGUUGUGAAGAGGAAAUCGGUUGAACUCCUCCAGAAAUUCCUUGGAGCCAACGUGACCAUACCCGAGCCGACAGGAAUGCUUAGGACAACCUGGUACUCGAAUCCGUACACCAGAGGUAGCUACACUUUCGAUAGUGUGAGCUCAAUGAAGUACCCCAACUAUAGGGCGGAUUUGGGCAAACCCCUUCCAGACAGUGCUGGCACACCAAAAGUUCUUUUUGCGGGAGAGGCGACCGACUUGACUCACUUUUCGACUGUCCACGGCGCCAGUGCGAGUGGCUACAGAGAAGCAAUGAGGCUUUUACCCCAUAGCAAAAUUUAAACUAUAAACAUAUAUCAUAUUUUGCAUGUUUUGACGAAUUUUUCCCCAUGUAUAUGGCAACACUGAAUAUCGUCGAAUGUUUAUCAUGCAAUAAAUCCAAUCGAUUAUGUCUCGUAUGUCCUUAUACGAGUAAUAAUGUGUAUAUCAGAUAUAUUUUCAUAUAAAUUAUUAAUAUUUUAUAGAUUUGUAUAAUAUAGAAAAUAAAUAACGACAUAUUUAAAAUAAUAUUCACUGCCAGUUAAAAAGAACAGUUAUAAAAUUUGAAAUAAAAAAAACAAAUCACAAUCUAAAUAAUUAAAAAUUAAAAAUUUUGUACAGCCAACUUCAAUAUGAGUUAUUAAGAAUAACUCAAAAACUAUUGGUCUGACUAUGAUCAAAUUCAUAUGGUACCACACGAGAAGUACCAGCUUUCAAAUAAAAAAAGAAUCAUUCAAAUCGGUUCACCCAGUAAAAAGUUAUGAGGUAACACACAUUAGAAAAACAUACAGUCGAAUUGAGUACCAUCUCCUUUUUGGAAGUCGGCAGAAAAGAAAAUAGCCUGUAAAUUAAUAUAACAAAUAAUAAAUGCCUUAAAAAGUAUUUUCCAACUAAACUUGAAUACUUAAACAGAAGUAACACUACAAUUAUAAGCAUUAUUAUACACUAAUUAGUGAGCAUUUAAUUAUUAUAAUUACUAAAAACCUGACCGUAAUUAAGACAAUCUUAAUGUAUGUGGUAGAGCCACGCUGCAGCUAUAUUAUGGUUGUAGCACGAAUGGGUCGGCUCCACCGGGGAAGAACCACGCUCUCACAGAAUACCAGCGUAAAAUAGCUGCUUAAUGCUGUUGUGUUUCGUAUGGUGAAUGUAGAGAACCGGAGACCCUUUAUACUGGAAACGAGGCUUUCGAUCUUAGUCCUCACGGUUGACAACAUAUAUGCAUUUUGAUUCUUAAUGCAGAAUAAAUGUAGAUGUCUAUGGGCUACAGCAUUCACCUUCCAUCCGGUGGGCUGUGUGCUCGUUUGUCACUUUUAUUCUAUAAAAAAACAAUCACACCAAAGAUUAUGUUUAUUGUGGCGACAUGUGCUUUAUUACAUUGAAACUUAUCCUAAAAUUCAUUUUAUACAUACAGGGUUAUUUUACAAUAACCGGCCAUAUUUGUAGAGAAGGUUCAGAAUAAGUAAUAUAGGCAAAUGGUGAAGAAAAAUUAAUUAAAAAAAUCUCAAUCAUUCUAUCCUUUUUAUCUUUUAAGUUCAAAAUGUGUGGCAAUGCAUUAUUUUAACUGAUUUUACUGCGCACGCACACACUCGCAAGUGUUGAUCAGUAGCCAUAAACGUUGUUGGCCAUAAAUCACAUUCAAUUUGGGACAAUUUCAAAUAAAAGUUGAAGUCUUAUUUACUCGUAUUUUCAAAAACUGCAAUAACGGUACGUCUAUAUAUAUAUAUAGGAACUUAAGUUUAAAAUUUGCCUACUCUUUGAAAAAUAACUUACUAUAUACGUUGAAUUGUAUAUUAGCUUGUACCCGCCACAUUACUGCCGCAAAACAAAUAAUUGUGGAAAUAUCGUUUUAAAUUUGAAAGGGUUGUAUUGUUUGAUUGGCUAUGAUAGUACAGUAAUUGAAAUUGAAUGAUAUAUUAGAACUGUCAAUCAAAUUUGUCGGUACGAUACGCGCGCCACCUACUGUAAGUUAAUUGUACUAUGCCUGCCCUAUAACCCUCGCGCAUGCAAACAAUAAGUUGACAAAGUGUUAACGCAACCUGAUGAACGGUGUGACAGCGCAUAAAAUACGAACGAACAAAGAAACAUUAAUUUUGAUAUAUUAGAUUUAACCGAAUAUCGAUAGUGAAAAAUAAAAUCUAUCAUGUAUGUAUAUUAUAUAGGCGUAUUUUUGAAAAUCGAUAUAUUACGAUGUUACCAACUAAAUAUUUGUUUACGUACCUACUUUUGUAUUCCUAUACACAUUUUGAUAUUGAAAUAUCGCAUUUAUAGAUAUAUUUGUAACUUGUUUAAUUGUAUUUGAUAUAAAUAAAUCUUAUUCCUUC